AUGCCGACACCCAACACAGCAGCCCGGACACCCAACACGGCAACCCAGAUACCCGACACAGCAACCCGGACACCCAAUACGGCAACCCAGAUACCCAACACAGCAGCCCGGACACCCAACACGGCAACCCAGACACCCGACACAGCAGCCCGGACACCCAACACGGCAACCCAGACACCCGACACAGCAACCCGGACACCCAACACAGCAACCCAGACAUCCGACACAGCAACCCGGACACCCAACACAGCAACCCGGACACCCAACACGGCAACCCAGACAUCCGACACAGCAGCCCGGACACCCAACACAGCAACCCGGACACCCAACACAGCAACCACAACACCCAAAACAGCAACCCGGACAAUCAAAACAGCAACCCGGAGACCCAACACAGCAACCUGGACACCCAACACAGCAACCCGGACACCCGACACAGCAACCACAACACCCAAAACAGCAACCACGACACCCAGCACAGCAACCCGGACACCCAACACGAAAACCCAGACACCCAACACAACAACUCAGACACCCAACACGGCAACAACAACACCCAAUACAGCAUCCCGGACAAUCAACACAGCAACCCAGAUACCCAACACAGCAGCCCGGACACCCAACACAGCAACCCAGACACCCAACACAGCAACCCAGACACCCAACACAGCAACCCAGACACCCAACACAGCAACCACAACACCCAACACAGCAACCCAGACAUCCAACACAGCAACCACAACACCCAACACAGCAACCCGGACACCAAGCACAGCAACCACAACACCCAACACAGCAACCACAACACCCAACACAGCAAACACAACACCCAACACAGCAACCGCAACAUCCAUCACAGCAACCGCAACACCCAACACAGCAACCGCAACACCCAACACAGCAACCCGGACACCAAACACUGCAACCACAACAACCAACACAGCAACCACAAAACCCAACACAGCAACCACAACACCCAACACAGCAAACAAGACACCCAACACAGCAAACAAGACACCCAACACAGCAACCGCAACAUCCAUCACAGCAACCGCAACACCCAACACAGCAACCGCAACACCCAACACAGCAACCCGGACACCAAACACUGCAACCACAACAACCAACACAGCAACCACAAAACCCAACACAGCAACCACAACACGUAACAUAGCAACCCAGACACCCAACGCAGCAACCACACCAACCAACACAGCAACCACAACAACCAACACAGCAACCACAACACCCAACACAGCAACCCAGACAUCCAACACAGCAACCACAACACCUAACACAGCAACCCAGACACCCAACACAGCAACCACAACACCCAACACAGCAACCACAACACCCAACACAGCAAACAAGACACCCAACACAGCAACCGCAACACCCAUCACAGCAACCGCAACACCCAACACAGCAACCGCAACACCCAACACAGCAACCCGGACACCAAACACUGCAACCACAACAACCAACACAGCAACCACAACACCCAACACAGCAACCACAACACCCAGCACAGCAACCACAACACGUAACACUGCAAGCACAACACCCAACACAGCAACCACAACACACAACACGGCAACCCAGACACCUAACACAGCAACCACAACACCCAACACGAUAACCCAGACAUCCAACACAGCAACCGCAACACCGAACACAGCAAACCAGACACCCAACACUGCAACCCUAACACCCAACACAGCAGCCGCAACACCCAACACAGCAACCACAACACCCAACACGGCCACCCAGACACCCAACACAGCAACCACAACACCCAACCCAGCAACCACAACACGUAACAUAGCAGCCCAGAAACCCAACACAGCAACCCAAAACAACCCAACACCGCACCGCAACCCAAACACGCAAAACUCAACACUACAAUCUAAACACCCAAAAACUCCGCAACCAAAACACCCAAACACAGCAACCGAAACAGCCAAACACCACACCCAACACCCAAACACCGCAACCUAA